UGCCACCGCACAAAAAGCGGCGGCAACGAGAAAAAGGGAGGGGAUAAUCAGACUACGUCCACUUUUUGUGUGCGCUUCUCCUCCUCCCUCAUUCCGUGGAGCUGCCAUCACUGCCCACGCACACGACCCUGCAGCUUCGGUCACUGUUGUGUGUCUUCUGGCCUUGGUGGGAGGACGACGUGUGGAUCGAGUAGGUGUGGGGAAACCAGUGUACGUGCGGAACGUGCCUAUAGUCAAGACCGCUUUCCAUCAUUCGUGGAUUUAAGGACGCGUCCACGCGUUUUUUUUUGUGUGCGUGUGUGUGUGUCUUUUUUUUUUUUUUUAAAGGACCGUGAAGUAAACAGAAGAGCAGCUAGCUUGACUAUCCAUGAGCCCUGAUUUUCCUCACUACAGUUUCAGGAUGCCAAAUAUAGGGUUUCAGAACCUGCCCCUUAAUAUCUACAUUGUUGUGUUUGGGACGGCUAUCUUUGUCUUCAUCCUAAGCCUCCUCUUCUGCUGUUACUUAAUAAGGUUACGACACCAGGCACACAAAGAGCUCUAUGCAUACAAACAAGUCAUUCAGAAGGAAAAGGUCAAAGAGUUAAAUUUGCAUGAGAUAUGUGCGGUGUGCUUGGAGGAGUUCAAACAGAAAGACGAGUUGGGGAUUUGUCCGUGCAAACACGCGUUUCAUAGAAAGUGCCUCAUUAAGUGGCUGGAGGUGAGGAAGGUGUGCCCGCUGUGCAACAUGCCCGUUUUACAACUGGCCCAGCAGGCCGGCACCACAGAAGCGCCUGUGCCAAUCCAGCAGCCUCUGCCCGGCAUCGAAAACCUGGUCUAGUAGACUGAAAGCCAACAUGAUGGUGACAUGAUACACACACGUACAUGAACACUGACAGCUGUACAGGUCCACUUUGUUGGGACAACAAAUACUCUGAGCCAACUUCUCUUAAUCUUCACACCGGCUCAUAGGAGGAUUUUUCUCAUACCCGCUCCGACUGGACUUACUUUUCUUGCUCUUCAUGGACAUGGAAGGAAAGUUGAUGUUUUUUUUUCCCGCCCAACAUCACACAUGGUCUUCUCACAACCAAAUAACUUUUUUGAGGGACACCAGCUGAAGAGCAGAAAAGAAGAAAAGCAAAACAGCCAUGAGCUACAAUACAUAUUCAAAUCAUUUUGUAUUUUAUUUUAUUGUAUAUUAUUUUAUUUUAACAAGCACUUUAUGAGAAAUCAAGACUUAAUUGCUUGUAGUAGCAAGGUAUUUUUUUAAAUAUCUUAUUAGCUAUUACUUCCGUCUUCAACAUUUAGCCACCUGUAAACUGACUGCUAUGAUAACAAAUCUUACAAGGGACAAACUAACACUUGCUUUGAAGGAAACUCAUCUCGGGAACUUAAAGGGGACCUAUGAUAGUUCUAAUCUACAUUAAAAACACUUACCUGUCUAACAUAGGAAUCUUUGGACACUUUACGAUUCAAUUCAGAAUCGAUUCUCUAUUCAACACGAUUCUUGAUUCAAAACCGAUUCUCGCAAUGUAUUAUUUGGUACAGUAAUUAUAAUAAAAGCUUUUCAAAACAGGUUACAGAUUACAAAACCUCCUUUUGGUUGCUGACUAAUUACUUAUACGCUUAGCAAGUAAACAUGAAGAUGGCCUAAAAGUUAUAUUUUUAAUAAUUGGUUUUUAAAAAAUUAUUAAUUUAAAAAAAUAUAUAUAUUUUUUUUAAAUUCUAAAUCAAUUCCUUCAUAAAAUAGAUAAACCGCUGUGAUAAAUGUAAAUAUUGCUUAAAAGAAAAUUGGUUUUGUUUAAUAAAAUUCUACCCAAACAUUUAAUAAAUUCAUAUACAAAUAAAGCAACAAGCGAAGUAUCUCAGACUUCUCUUUUCUAAAGUAAAUUUGUACAUCUACAGCAACAAUGUGAUUUGCCUGAGUUGCUGGACAGGACAGAUUUAUUUUUAAAGGGGAACAUGAUCACCAGACCUAUGUAAGCGUCAAUAUAUACCUUGAUGUUGCAGAAAAAAGACCAUAUAUUUUUUUAACCGAUUUCCGAACUCUAAAUGGGUGAAUUUUGGCGAAUUAAACGUCUUUCUAUUAUUCGCUCUCGGAACAUCGGGAAGCAAUCCGCCAUUUUCGUCGGUGUGUUGUCGGAGGGUGUAACAACACGAACAGGGACGGAUUCAAGUUGCACCAGUGGCCCAAAGAUGGGAAAGUGGCAAGAAAUUGGACGAAAUUUGUUCAAAAUACGAGGCUGUGGGGAAAGCCGACGAAAUGGUCAGUCGUUUGUUCCGCACACUUUACCGACGAAAGCUAUGCUACGACAGAGAUGGCAAGAAUGUGUGGAUAUCCUGCGACACUCAAAGCAGAUGCUGACAUCAACUCUAAAACUGGACAGAUCAGCUUUCAGGAAAAGAGAGCGGAUGAGGGUAUGUCUACAGAAUAUAUUAAUUGAUGAAAACUUUAUUCAUUACUCGCGGUUUUACGUAAAUUAUUAUACAUAAACUGUGUUUACCAAUAAUUUAGCUUAAAAACAUUUUUUUUUUUUCAAUCAUUCGAGUACAUUCGGUAGUCUUGUGUAAUGCAGUAUUUUGUGUCUAUUUAGGUAUGGUUAACCUGAGUGCUGAGAUCGUGGAAAAAUGUAUGUUCUUAGUGCGCCUGAAAUGGGCUGUCUGCACUCUCAAAGUGCAUGUUGUUACCAAAUGUAUUUCAUUUGCUGUAAACCUAGUUCAUAGUUGUUAGUUUCCUUUAAUGCCAAACAAACACAUACCAAUCGUUGGUUAGAAGGCGAUCGACGAAUUCGUCCUCGCUUUCUCCGUGCCGCUGGCUGUCGUGUCGUUUUCGUCGGUUUCGCUUGCAUACGGUUCAAACCGAUAUGGCUCAAUAGCUUCAGUUUCUUCUUCAAUUUCGUUUUCGCUACCUGCCUCCACACUACAACCAUCCGUUUCAAUACAUGCAUAAUCUGUUGAAUCGCUUAAGCCGCUGAAAUCCGAGUCUGAAUCCGAGCUAAUGUCGCUAUACCUUGCUGUUCUAUGCGCCAUGUUUGUUUGUAUUGGCAUCACUGUGUGACGUCACAGGAAAAUGGACGGGUGUAUAUAACGAUGGUUAAAAUCAGGCACUUUGAAGCUUUUUUUAGGGAUAUUGCGUGAUGGGUAACAUUUUGAAAAAAACUUCGGGAAAAAAAUAAGCCACUGGAAACUGAUUUUUAAUGGUUUUAACCCUUCUGAAAUUGUGAUUAUGUUCCCCUUUAAAAAAAACAAAAAAACAAAAAAAAACUGUUUUGUUGUUGUUUUUUUCAAAUGAUUAAGAAUCAUUACAAAAAAGAUUUGCAAUUCAUUCGAAAAUCUAUUUAUUUUUUUACACCUGUCGUUCGCACACAGGCGUAUUUGGCUCGAAUUAAAAGUUUGUGGAUCAAAAAGUUUGCUAAUAAAGUGGUCUUUUUAGUAACCGUUUAGCGGCCAAUCCAAAUUUGUUCUGGCCAUUGUGUGACGUCACAAAUGGCCCAGUUUAAAAACAGUGUUUAAAAGCAUCCAAAACCGCACAAAUACAUGAAAGUUAUGAUUUUGGCCUCGUUUAACACAGAUAUGCAACAUUGUAACAUUAAGAAAAUCAUCAUAGGUCCCCUUUAAACUCAUUCAUCUGUUUAUUUUUAUUUUUUUUUAUUUUUUUUAACUAUUGUACUUUGUCAUACAGUGGCUGAGUUGCUUUUAUUUUCUCAACAGCAGGGCGAACCACGGGUAAAGAGACUUUUUUGGGUUUUUCUUUUCUUCAAAUCAUUCAUUCCGAGAAGCUGCAUUCUCUCUACGCAGCAGCACAUUUUCAAACCCCACUGUGAACUCCAGCUUUACAGAUGCCACGUCUGCUCUGUUUUGUCUGUUUGAGGUGCUUUGUUUGUUUAGUCAGGUGGACGACGCGCUGGGCGAUUAUUCGGGGCGUGGCGUCUGUUAAAGCGGUGGCCACGCUUUGAGGACACACAGUAUGUGUUUUGAUUGAAGGACUUAAUUACGUUGUCUGACUGCUUUAAAAAAUAGAUUCAGCACAGUCAGAAGCACAAUUUUGACUUACAAGUUGAUAUAAUGUGAAUAUUUAAACCAGUAUUAAAGAUGACCUCGGGUUUAGGAAACGGUAAAAAAAAAUUGGGAUGUGCUUUAAGCCAUAAAUGAGACCAUACCAACUAAAAAUGUAUUCAUAGUGUAAUUUAGUUGUUAAUGUAUAGUCAAUUACUUUGGUACAUGUUAUGCACCCAAUGAGUGAAUUAAAACUAGCAUAUUAGCUAAGACGACCUCUGCUUGAGUCAGCGCCCACUGGUUAUAAUGAAGCGGCAUUUCCAUUCACACACACGCACACGCACACACACACACACACACACACACACACACACAGACUCGUUCCUCUUUUAAAGGGUGCAGCAUUCUGGAGUGUUCGCCUCUCGCUCUCUUUCUCUAUGGUACUUUUUGUUUGGGCCUCUAUGCGCUGCUUUUUGUUUUGUUUGGUUAGUUGCUCUCACGAAAAGUGCUGACUUGUUAUGCGAGCAGCCGCAUUUCAGCAACAACAACAAACAAACAGUAUAAAUAGCCUGUAUUAAAAAUGUUGCUCCACACUGACAAAUGCCAGACAAACUUAGGUUGUAUAGCCACCGACAUCAUUUUUCAAGGCAGAAUCUGUAAAGUACACAAAGAUGAAGACAAACACACACACAGAACAACUUGUGGUUAUCACUAGGGAUGUCCGAUAAUAUCGGACUGCCGAUAUUAUCGGCCGAUAAAUGCUUUAAAAUGUAAUAUCGGUAAUUAUCGGUAUCGGUUUCAAAAAGUUAAAUUUAUGACUUUUUAAAACGCCGCUGGGUACACAGACGUAGGGAAAAGUACAGAGCGCCAAUAAACCUUAAAGGCACUGCCUUUGCGUGCCGGCCCAAUCACAUAAUAUCUACGGUUUUCACACACACAAGUGAAUGCAAGGCAUACUUGGUCAACAGCCAUACAGGUCACACUGAGGGUGGCCGUAUAAACAACUUUAACACUGUUACAAAUAUGCGCCACACUGUGAACCCACACCAAACAAGAAUGACAAACACAUUUCGGGAGAACAGCCGCACCGUAACACAACAUAAACACAACAGAACAAAUACCCAGAACCCCUUGCAGCACUAACUCUUCCGGGACGCUACAAUAUACACCCCCUGCUACCCCCUACCCCUCCACCUCAACCCCGCCCACUUUAACCAUCCUCAUGCUCUUUCAGGGAGCGCAUGUCCCAAAUUCCAAGCUGCUGUUUUGUGGCAUGUUAAAAAAAAAAUAAUGCACUUUGUGACUUCAAUAAUAAAUAUGGCAGUGCCAUGUUGGCAUUUUUUUUCCAUAACUUGAGUUGAUUUAUUUUGGAAAACCUUGUUACUUUGUUUAAUGCAUCACAACAAAAUUAGGCAUAAUAAUGUGUUAAUUCCACGGUAUCGGUUGAUAUCGGAAUCGGUAAUUAAGAGUCGGACAAUAUCGGAAUAUCGAAUAUCGGCAAAAAAGCCAUUAUCGGACAUCUCUCGUUAUCACUGAUAGUUUUUCUGUGUUUGAACAUAAAAAUGUUGUAUUAGCACUUCUUUUUUUUAAUUACCAUGUGGUUUAUUGCAUUUCUGAGUAUUCACGUGCAAAUGGUAACACCUUGUUUCUGGUACGGUAAACCUUGGUUUAUCGCUGUUAAUUGGUAACCGUGGUAGAUUCAUUUCCGCAAAGUAGAAAAUCAUCGACUAUUUUCAUAGCCAGAGCAUUAAAAAAAACGGUUUCGGCCCUUUUAAUUAUUUUAAAGAGCCCUCUCGACAUGUAAUAACACCCACAUCAUCAUCAUUACACUCUUUUUAAUCCAAUAUAGUAAUGCUUCCUGAGGCUGAGCCAAUCAUUAGCCACGAUACUGAACAGCCCACUCUGAUUGGUUUGGUUUCAUCUAGUGGCCAAUACUACUGUAGUAUUGCCAUUCUUUAGUUCUUUUAGCCAUUUUAUACUUGAAAAUGGUUAAUUUAGGUCAAAAAUGCGUAGAAUAAGCUUCAAAAAAAAACUCAAACGUUGAAGUGACUAUAGAUUAAAAUUUCAAUUACAUUUGUAUCAAAUACCUAAAAACGCCAUAAAUCGCCCAUGUUUGAUUGGUGUAUAAUUUAGGAUAAUACAAAAUUUACCAGAAUCUUUUCUGUGUCACUGGUUGACCUCCGACUUGUUCUAAUUUCAAAAACUUUAAAUUAUUCUAAUUUGUUAUAUAGUUGGCAUUAUCAUAUUAUAGUUGUAUAGCCUCUGAAUAACUUAAUGGACUGACUAAAAAAAGUAAUAUAUUACUACAAUAUACCUCCUGUAUGAAAAAACAUUUUCAAAUAUGUAUUUUCUUUCCAGACACACCAUCACAACAUCGCAGCUGCCUCCUAGAGCACACCUUCAAUGUACUAAAAAUAGAUUGUUGUCAAUAUCAGGGGUUAUUAACCCUUUUGACCUCGGGGCCCAACUUUUCCACCACAUAACGCUGAUUUACGUUUUAGCAUAUUAGCUCAUGUUAAUGACACUGGCUUGAUAACAUUAUGACAACACGUACAAAUAUGCGUGAAAACACUCCUACACACAUCACACGUGGGACGGUUUAGUAAGUAAGAAUCGUUGUUGUUAUAUUGUAAAACUUACAAACGUUGCUUGAAGUGAUCCAUACGAGUAGAAACGUUAUGGACGAAUAGAAGAUGGUACGGCAAUUAUACUUCGGCUUGAACGCUCUGAAAGAAGGAAAUACUGUAGACGUUCACCCCGCAUUACCUGCAGUGAGUGAACUCGUCCGAAAGAUAGCGCCACAGAACAAACCAUAACAAAUUAGCGAAUAAGAAAUUAGCUGCACUGUUUUAUAAACCGCAGGGAUCAAAGCAAAGGAAGAAAGUAGUCGCUUAUAGUCAGAAAUACAUAGACAUGACAGCCCAACAUGCCCACUGACUGUAUGUACACACCGUUUUAUAGUUUGCACGAGCGUUAGACUCGGCCCUCAAUGUCAUUUACAAACAUUUGAUAAUGUGGUACCCCCUAGUGGUUGUGGCUCUAAACAACCACGUCGUGUUUAUUGCAGGCCUUGGGAACAGGAAGGUAUUUGCCACCUAGUGGCGUUUUAUAAAUACUGCUGGAAUGAAUGACACAACACCAUCGGAACAUUCUACUUUGGAGGUCUUUUUGUAAUUAGCUGAAAACUAAACCCAAAACUCUUGCCUGUGAAUAUUGCGAACCAAUUAGAGAUUGUUUCAACUUACUUAGAACAAGUCGCUGUCGACCGUUGCCUUUUUUUUUUUCUUUCUUUUUUUUUUGGAACAAUAUCUGCUGCUGUGACAGUGCCAGGAACCACACGUU